AUGGAAGGUAGAGAGUUAUUGAGAGCGCCAGAGGGAAAGGGUGGACCAACGAAGAAGAGACGCGUGACAAUGGGACAGAUUAUAACUUCCGCCUUAAGAUUCCCGCGCGAAUACCGGAGAGGAGACUGUAAGAUGAAUUAUGCAGAGGAGAUGAACAUGUCAGAGGAAAACAAAAUAGAGAUAAAGAUCGGGUGUGCAUGCUCAGGGUGCAAGAGAAAGAUGAAGAAAGCACUGAAAGGGGUGAAGGGCGUCACCGACGUGCAAGUGGAAAGAGACACCGGCAAGCUCACCGUCAUUGGCCAUGUCAAUCCAGACGUUGUUUUGGACCGUGUGAGGUGCCGCACGCGCAAGGCCGCGCGAUUCUGGUCCCAAUCCGACGACGUCUGGAACAACCCUCCCGCCCUCCAAUCCUACUACGGCAACGAAAGCAACCACGGCAACUAUGACAACUAUGACAACCACGGCAACCACGGCAACUAUGACAACUAUGACAACCACGGCAACCACGGCAACUAUGACAACUAUAACAACCACGGCAACAACGGCAACCACGGCAACCACGGCAACUAUGACAACUAUGACAACUACGGCAACUACAGCAACUACGGCAACUACGGCAACUAUGGCAACUAUGACAAUUACAGCAACUAUGGCGUCGUUCCAGAAGCUUCAUCAUUUGCACGUGCGAACUUCUUCGAGGAGCAGAGCUACACCACCAGCUUCAGCGACGAAAACCCUAGUCCCAAUUUGGCACUUCCCAGAAUGGGACAGGUAACAGCACGUAGUUUUGCUUGUCAACAGCAUCUUAAUUUGUCUUAUGUGAAAGACCCUGGUCAUGGUCGAUGGCUUUCAUUAGUUGACAAGCUCGGACUGCAACUGUUCAUGCACAUUGCUUCAACUAAAUUACAGGUGCCAGCUGGCUUGCCAUUAAAUAACUCUUACAUUCCCCACUCUCACUUAAUACUUCUGGAAAGGUCAACCUGCCGUUACAGUUUCACGGUCCGUGAAGGCAGUGUCGUAAUAACGGCCUCAAUUAGAGGGUAA